CGUGGGGUGGCCAAGAAGUAUGUAUGAAUAUCCUGGCCAAGGCAUGCGUAUGUCCAUGAACGGGCGCGCGAGCCCCACACCUCUGGAGGCUUCCGGACUGUGGAGAAACGUGCUAAUGAGGCACGCCAGAAUCCACAGGAACCAUUUGGCAAUAAAAGGCGAUGGGACAUGGUGCUUCCCUGGAGAACACGAAUACACAGAAGAGGAGCUGGAGAAUUACAAGUCCUCUUAUUUCGGGAAGAACACCAACCCGGACAGGCCUCUGUCUAAUGAUUCCUGCUAUGAUCGAUUGUUCUGCACACAUUACACAUAUAACAACAAAAAUCCUCGGGAUGACAGAACUCCAAGUCUUACGAUAGGAAGGAGAUAUCACACAGAGGAGACAAAGCGUACUGUCCCGCUACUAACGUCUUCCUUGUACGGGAGCAGGCUGAACCAUCCUGUGGAGCUAUUUGAGAGGCAUUUGGUGCGCGUUAAUCACAUAAUGAAAUCCUUCUAUCGUAACAGGGGGACCGGAUUGCCUCCUAUAUCCUAA